AUGUCGGCCCAAACAGCAACCCUAAACAUCCUCACGCAAAUCCUCUCAGAAUUCGGCGACCGCCUCAGCAUCCACGGAGCUUCCAACAUCCUCGUCUCCGACGCCUCAAUCGCCCAAGCCCUCUACACCGCAACAGAAAGCGUCCGAACCCCUUUCGGCCCCCAAAUCACCGUAGCAUCCCCAAUCGAACCCGAUGCCGCAGCUGUGCAAGACAUCCCCAAUACUUCGGUCAGAGCCGCCGAAAAUCUGGAUAUGGAUCACUACACACACGCCGUCUUUGGAGUUGCGUCGGAAGAUCCCAAGUAUCUGUAUGGAGGACUGAAACAUACUGUUUAUGCGCUGCAACCGAAAGGUUAUGCGAUUGUGAUUUCGAUUAAGCAGGAGACGAAGGAGGCGGGAGCGGGGAAGUUUCAGGUUGCGUUGGAGGAUAAAUUGAAGUAUCAGUCGGAAGGGAAGAUUGAGAAUUUACGGGAUGUUUUGUAUUAUGCUGGGUUUGAGAGGGGGAAGAUUAGGUCUUUUGAUCGCUCGGCGAUGGUUGAGGGGCAAGAGGUGCAGGCGGAGGUGCUUUUGGCUAUGAAGUGGGAUCAAUUGAAUGCGUAG